AUGAGCAAGUGAGCAUCCCAUUCUCUCAUUAGUUCACAAGUCAUGCCUUCAAUAGCAGAAGAGAUAUGUAUUGGAAACUUAGGCAGUCUCCAAACACUCCCCGACUCGUUCACCUGGAAACUCACCGCCGCUGACUCCGUUCUGCCUCCUUCCUCUGCCGUCUCCUUCGGUGCAGUGGAAGAGUCCAUUCCGGUGAUCGACCUCUCCGAUUCUGACGUCACCACCCUCAUAGGAAAUGCGUGUAAAACGUGGGGAGCGUUUCAGAUAGCCAACCACGGGAUCUCUCAGAAGCUCCUCGACGAUAUCGAGUCUCUUUCCAAAACCCUUUUCGAUAUGCCGUCAGAGAGGAAGCUUGAAGCGGCUUCCUCCGAUAAAGGAGUUAGUGGCUACGGAGAACCUCGAAUCUCUCCCUUUUUCGAGAAGAAAAUGUGGUCUGAAGGGUUCACGAUAGCCGAUGCCUCCUAUCGCAACCAUUUCAUUUCUCUUUGGCCUCAUGAUCACACCAAGUAUUGCAGAAUAAUGGAAGAAUACGUGGACGAAAUGGAAAAAUUAGCGAGCAAACUUCUGUCUUGCAUAUUAGGCUCACUUGGUGUCACCGUGGAAGACAUUGAAUGGGCUCACAAGCUAGAGAAAUCUGGUACAAAAGUGGGCCGAGGCGCCAUACGACUAAACCAUUACCCGGUUUGUCCUGAACCAGAACGGGCCAUGGGUUUAGCCGCUCAUACAGACUCCACUAUCCUAACCAUUCUGCACCAGAGCAACACGGGAGGGCUACAAGUGUUCAGGGAAGAGUCCGGUUGGGUUACGGUUGAGCCAGUUCCUGGUGUCCUCGUGGUCAACAUGGGCGAUCUCUUUCACAUCUUAUCAAACGGGAAAAUCCCAAGCGUGGUUCACCGAGCCAAAGUCAACCAUACUCGGUCAAGAAUUUCGAUUGCGUACUUGUGGGGUGGUCCAUCUGGUGAUGUGCAAAUCACACCUAUAUCUAAGUUAAUCGGUCCGGUUGAACCGUCUCUAUACCGAUCAAUCACAUGGAAGGAAUACCUCCAAAUAAAGUAUGAGGUUUUCGACAAGGCAUUGGACGCAAUUAGGAUCGUUAAUCCUACCAAUUAAAUCUCCUUCUCCAAUAUUUAUGUUACCCUCUGAAUAAAAACUAAAAUUAAAU